AACAGCCACGGGCUUGCGCAGCCGCGGUAGCAAGCGGAGGGCGUGUAACGGUUACCAGCCGCCUUCCUUCACGCCUCAGAGCUUGUCUGUCGCUUCCUUCCGUUCUCUUCCUCCAUCUCUGGAGUAAGUGGCCAUGAGAUGGGCGGUGGGAGUCCUGCGGGCCGGCCGGAGAGUGGGCGCUGGGAGAGUGAAUUCGCCGUGUCCCCGCCGGCCGGCGGGCCUCCAGCUCACGGGCGCUUGGGCCGUCACCCCCGUGUCCAAGAUGGCAACCGUCAAGUGUGAGCUUACCAAGAAUUUUACUUCCGAGGAGGCCGUUCAUCACAACAAGGUCUCCAUUAUAGGAACCGGAUCGGUUGGCAUGGCCUGUGCUAUCAGCAUCCUGUUAAGGGGCUUGACCGAUGAACUCGCUCUUGUGGAUGUUAAUGAAGACAAACUGAAGGGUGAGACAAUGGAUCUUCAGCAUGGCAGCCCUUUCGUGAAAAUGCCGACUAUUGUGUCCAGCAAAGUGGAUAUAUUAACUUAUGUGACCUGGAAGUUGAGUGAAUUUCCCCAAAACCGUGUUAUUGGAAGCGGUUGUAAUCUGGACACUGCCCGUUUCCGUUUCUUGAUUGGUCAGAAGCUUGGUAUCCACUCUGAGAGCUGUCAUGGGUGGGUCCUUGGAGAGCAUGGAGACUCGAGUGUUCCUGUGUGGAGUGGAGUGAACGUCGCCGGUGUCCCUCUGAAGAAUCUGAACUCAGAUAUAGGCACUGAUCAAGAUCCUGAGCAGUGGAAAAAUGUCCAUAAAGAUGUGAUUGCUAGUGCCUAUGAGAUUAUUAAAAUGAAAGGUUAUACUUCUUGGGCCAUUGGCCUAUCUGUAGCUGAUUUAACAGAAAGUAUUUUGAAGAAUCUUAGAAGAGUGCAUCCAGUUUCCACCAUAAUUAAGGGUCUCUAUGGAAUAAACGAAGAAGUAUUCCUCAGUGUUCCAUGUAUCUUGGGAGAGAGUGGUAUUGCAGACCUUAUAAAGAUAAAGCUGACCACUGAAGAACAGGCUUGUCUGAAGAAGAGUGCAGAAACACUUUGGGAAAUCCAGAAGGAGCUCAAGCUUUAAAGUUGCUUGAAACUACCUUUCUGAAGUUACUGAAGGGAUAGUAGUUAACAGGGUUUUGUAGGUCUAAUUUUUUUUUAUAAGCUUGAAUUUCUAGAAGUUGGAAACAAGAAAGGAAGUAGAGUGAGUUACCUGUUUAUUUAGCCCCCCAGCUUUUUAAUUUAGUAUCCAGAUGUCAGGAUGAUUUUUUUCCCCCACAAUUAUUAAGUGAUUGCAUCAAAGAAGGUGUUUUUGUACCACUAAUGUACCAGUACUUGCUGUGUGUGUGUGGUUGCGGUUGCUCUUUGGUCCAAAAAG